GCGGGGAUUUACCCAGAGAAUCACUGGGAUUUCUCCACCGAGCUCACCGCCGACACAGCCGACGCAUUCGUCAAGGAGAACGUGGACGCGGGAAAAACUGCCCCAAGCUGGAACUCUGUCGUUGCUGAAUUCGGCAAAAAUCCUGACGUCGCCUUCGGGGAUGUGGCGCUGUCCAAGAACCAGGUGCGCACCAUUCAUGGAGAGAAUCAAAAUCCAGGAGCAGGAGGGUGGCCCACAGUUCGCUAUUUCAACAAGGAGACAGGAUAUGGUGGUAAGCCAUAUCCGAAGAAGACAAGCAAAGCAAUGUGCGAUGAGCUUGGUCCCAAAGAGAGCUACAUGAAAGAAUGGAUUGAGGAGUUUGCAACACUCUGUGAUGCCAAUGCCACAGACAAGACGGGAUGCUCUGAGCAGCAGAUCAAGUUCAUUGAUAAGUGGAAGCCACAAGAGGAUCUCAAGGGUCAGUUGACCCGUCUCAAGGGCUCCUUGGCAGCAUCGUGGUGCGUCUUGGGCAUGGUGGACAAGGAUGGUGCUUCCAUGAAGCCGGAUGCUCUCAAGUGGGUCAAAGAGCGCAUGAAGCUCAUUGAGCAAAUUUCGCUAAAGUGUUUCGUUGGUGUUUCUAAAGUGCCCCGUGAUAGCGUCAUAGCUGGUCUCAGGGCGAGCGAGCGCCAGUUCCUCGGAGCAAGGACACUGGACGUCGCGAAGCAGUGGCGCCCGUUCUCAUUGCUCUUGCCGGCUUGUCGGGAGGAGAGGCGGCCAAUGCACAAGCUGCAGCUGUUAUGCCAGGGCAGACCUUGUCUGGUCCACAAGUGGACCUGCCUGACCGUAUCAAUGCUGAUCCAUAUGCUGAUUGGCAUGGAGAAUCCUGAGGACAAGAAGGAGGACUAUAAGACUUUCUACAUGAAGCAGAAGUACCGUCAAGACACCUACCAGGUCAUGAAGCACAUGAAAAUUUCGGCAUCCCUCGACAAAGGCACCCCAAACAUGGAAAAAUGGAAUACUCGCGUGAAGAAAGAGAUGAAUGAUUGGCUUGCCAUCUACCGCCGACAGAAUGUGUCAGUGGGCAGGCAAAGCUACUACUCCUUGUACUCUGCGAUUAAUACCUUGGCAUCGCACUUCACCUCAUACGGCCCGAAGUUUCCAUUCCCCAACAAGAGGAGGCCGAGAUUCUUUGAGCUGUGCCAGCAAGUGGAGAAGUACCUGGAGAAGGGCAAGUGA